CAAAGAACAUAAAAAUACGACAUGAAGAAGACAAUUCUUAUUUACUUUUGGAUAAUGAGUUGUAUACAAGAUUCAUAUCAAACAACGUGUAGUACAGGAUGUGCUAAACAAUGUAUUUGGAACGGUAAAUGCUCCCCGUGCCUGGAUGGGUACCGCUUUGAAAACUGCAAAGACAGAUGUUCAGAAGGGUGUUUUAACAAGACUUGUGACCAAUCAACGGCUAAGUGUAAACAUUGCUGUAACAAAGGGUACUUUGGUGAUCACUGCUGUUUGCCAGGUACGUUUGGGUGGUCAUGUGAGUUAAAAUGCCCAACAAACUGCUUCAAUUGUACGUCUCAAAUAAAAUGUGUAAUGUGCAAAGACACAUUUUAUGGACAGACAUGCCUCCAACAAUGCCCACCCAAUUGCGAAACAUGCACUGGGUCGAAUACGUGUUCAACAUGCAAAAGCGGUUUUGGUGGCGGAGCCUGUCAAUACAGUUGUCCACGAAACUGCUUGACGUGUUCGUCAUCGCAUCAAUGUCAAAAUUGCAAAGAAGGAUUUUAUGGAACAACUUGUGAGAACGAUUGUCCUACCAAUUGUAAAACAUGUACUUCAUGGAACGAGUGUGUAUCUUGUAAAACUGGUUUCGGUGGACCAUUCUGUAAUAUCCGUUGUUCUAACAACUGCAUUAAUUGUUCUUCGGCAGACACUUGCUUUACAUGCAGUGAAGGGUUUUCGCGACCAGAUCUUGCAUGUACCUGUGCUUAUAAUUUGUGCGCGGGAUCAUCAUGUAAUUUGUGUGCAAAUAAUUCGUAUUAUUCAGACGGACAAACCUGUUGCCCCUGCAGUGGUACUUGUAAACAGUCAUUGUGCUCAUCGGCUACUCAAUGUACUAGCGGAUGUGAAAAUGGGUACUUUGGAAUAGGGUGCGACUUAAAAUGCAGCGACAGUGAUCGAUUUUGUGGGAUAUGCAAUGGAUCAACUUAUCGAAAUUUCAAAUGUGAGCAAUGCAUUGGUGGUUAUUACCCCUAUGUCGACGGGAUUUGCACACUGUGUUCUAAAUCCUGCUUUCAAGACACAUGCAUUAAUUCAACCGGCGAAUGCGGACAUGGUUGUAAACCUGGAUUUUGGAACUCCAAAUGUGAAUCGAAAUGCACACCUAAGUGCUCAAUGUGUGGACAGAACGAUGGAAUCUGUGAGGCUUGCGUUUCUGCAAGCCUAUAUGGAAAUGAAUGCUUACUGAAUUACAAUGAUACAUGCGUGAAUGCAUCAUGUCAUAUGAAUGGAACGUGUAAAAGUGGGUGCAUCGCAGACUUUAUAGGACCAUUUUGUGAAACGCCAUGUCCUUCAAAUUGUGCUAGCAAAGGGGUUGAAAACCGAUGUUCCCACCAAACAGGACUAUGCUUGUUUGGUUGCAGUGCGGGAUUUACAGGAGACGACUGA